AUGGCACGCAAGUGGACUAUAUCACUAGGGGCGCUGCCAACCUCCCAGGGUCGCCCUCAAUGUGACGUACUUUACCAUGCUUACACCCAUUACAUCCUCUACAGCGACGACGGACGUGCCCGCAUCUACGCUGUUCUACUCCUGCUUUACUUCAAAUCGACUACUUUGUCCAAAGUUUUGGCCUGUCUCAUUCUGUUUCCCUGUCUUGUUCUCACCACAUUGCGAACCUUACGAUACUUCGAGAUACAAUGUCUCCGAAAAGACGUCCUGGUCCGGUUCUGCCCGCUCCUCAACGCUCGUCUGGCUUGGAUGUGCCGGCCUCUGACCGCUUGUGUCGCCGUGGUCUCGUCGCACACCUACUUUCUAUGCUCUCAGCACGAUGAUACGAGCUACACUUUUCAGCACCGCUUAGCUACACGACUUACUGUCACUACGAUGUUUCUUCUCCAUCUCUGUGGUGCCAUUGCCGGUCUGCUGCGGCGUGCUCUGCGAAAAUAUCGCCAUGUCUUCUCGAUUUACUCCUGGAAGAUGCAAACUGCAAUGCUCCCCCGACUGUGGCUCGAUAUCGGAAAAUUCUAUCAAGCUGUACUCGACUUCACAUCUGUCUUGCAUGGGCAUCUGGAAGUGGGGCAGUAUGAACCCAAAGAUCUCCCUAAAAUUCUUUCCGAGAUUCAGAAGCAUGGAAUUGUCGUACAAUACCUUGGUCAAGGGGAUCUUACCGAAGUGGUGAAGGUGGAACCCCAAUUUGAGAAACCUUUUGCGCGGAAACGCCUGAAAUGCUCGACCCUGGACGACACUGAAAUCCGUCCGGAGGCCGAGGAAGUCAUUCGACACGAAGCAGAAAUAUGGCAGUAUCUCACACAAUUCCCUCACUCCCAUUUUCCUACCUUGCGAGCGAAUCAUUCUGACGACAAUCCUCCAUGCUUCGACUACUGGCCAGUAGGUAGUGAGAGAAAUUUGGAGGAUUGGUUGCAACACCACUACGACAUCAGCAGUCCAGACCGAGUUGUCAAAACGAUCAUGUUAGGAUGGUUUGGUUGUGUCCGAAGUAUUAUGGUGCACCUUCAUGAGGUUGCCCACAUCCUGCACUGUGAUAUCAGACCCAGCAAUUUGAUCAUAUACGACAACCAUCUAUACCUGAUCGACCACAGCAAAAGUCGAGUAUUGACAGAGGAAUCUCACUACACCUAUGAUGAAAAGAUUGGCGUGACACGAUACAGUGCUCCUGAAGUAACUAGUCAAAUCACGAAAGGCUUUCCUGUCGACGUCUUCUCCUUUGGCAUUAUCUUCCUCUAUUUGUUGGUGACGCUCUGCGGGAAGGACCCGAGCGUAAUUACGAGCGAAGGCUUCAAAGAGACAAAAUACUUCCGUCAUCCUGCAAAGCAGCGUUACGUUGUCGAAAAGCUAUUGCCAAGUCUACAAUACGACAAAAUCCAGCCAGUCUGUACUCGUGCCGAUUUUGACGCGUUGAAGAAUGUCAUCAUCCAGAUGAUGCAGACCAAACCUGAGGACCGACCUUCGGCAUCUGCCAUCACACUUCCUAUGGCUUGUCAGGCAUACUGCUGUUCAGGAUCUCAUCCGGUCCUCCACGACAAGGUAGAGAAUACUAGGUCCAGCAUCUUACACGACGAACAAGCUGAACUCCAAACCCCACGAGAUUGUCAGCUGCCAUCUCUUCAGAUCCCAUCGAUUGUCAUUGAACGACAACCUCAAAUAAGCCAGCACAGACGCACGCUUACUCCGUCCACGCUGGUUUCAGAGCCAUCUUUCCAGUUCUCUCAAGCCACGACCGACGACUCGGCAUUGUCGACAGCCUCGUCGCUUGGAUACGAAGAUGGAAUGCCUCCUCCCCCAAAGCAAGAUGUCACGGCCACACCUCGAAAGCUGCAGGCAGGACUCCAAGAAGAUCUCGCUCAUACGGCCGGUCCUUGGGCAACUCAAACACCAGAUAGAGGCGUUGAUCAGACAGACAUGAAGCUCAAGCGCCCGCCAUUCGCCAGCCGGCGCGUCGCAGAUGCUCUCAAAACCAUAAAAGAUGCGGAUAGGCCUUUCAUUGUCCAUCCGUCCAAGAGAGCAAGAGAACUUUGGAGACAAACGCCAGUGGAGAGUCCAAAAGCAAAAUACAGCAGACGAAGCGAGCAAUAUGGUCCAUGCACUCCGGCUUUGCCUGCCGACUCUGCAAACCCUGCUGGACUCGUGGAGACCCCACUAAGAACUAUGGAGCUUGACCUCUUCGAGGAGCUCGUUCUGGAAGUGGGCGAGGGAGAGCCCACUUUUGUUGAAGGUCCCAUCAGAAGGGGCUUGGAGUUUGCGAAGCGUGCGAGCGUGCAAGAAGUCAAGUUCGACUUCAGCGAUACGCUUGGAUUGGUCCCCAGUCGUCAACCCACUUGGCCCCCCAACCAGCCAUCGCUCAAUAUCGCUUGCACCUAG